GAGAGCCCCCACGGGCCUGGAACUUGGUUGUUCCGCCUAAAAGUCAGGCCAGCUCAGCGCUUUGGCAUCCUGCAGGCGAUCAGUUUCGCGAUUGAGAUAUGCUAUCCUGAAGACCACCUCUAACCCACGAUCCCUCGACGACGUCGGCGCCACAACUCCCACACCAUGCAUCUGCCACUAAUAGCAUGCUGCCUUUUGGCCUACCUGGCGGCCCAGGUAUCAGCAACUGCAUUGACCUACAAGCUUACCGCCAACGAAAAGGCCUGCUUCUACACAGUGACACAGGCCAAGGGCGAGAAGAUCGCCUUCUACUUUGCGGUCCAAUCGGGCGGCUCCUUCGAUAUCGACUAUGAAGUCACAGGCCCUAACAACAAGUACAUCAUGGAUGGUCAAAAGGAGCGCCAGGGCGACUUCGUCUUCUCUGCGAACGAGGUCGGCGAAUACAAGUUCUGCUUCAACAACGAGAUGAGCACCUAUACAGACAAGUUUGUCGACUUUGAGAUUGCGGUCGAGAACGAGGCACGCGUGAGCCUGCCCGCGAAGCAGGGCACCUCGCCGGAACAGACGUCGGCCCUCGAGGAAUCCCUUUUCAAGGUGUCGGGGCAGCUUUCGACCAUCACACGAAACCAAAAAUACUUCCGGACGCGCGAGAACCGAAACUUCAGCACUGUACGCAGCACAGAGAAGAGGAUCAUUAACUUCAGCUUGAUACAGAUUGCAUUGGUCGUAUGCAUGGGUGCGCUGCAGGUCUUUAUCGUCAGGUUUUUCUUCCAGGGCGCGAGGAAGGGCUAUGUAUGAGUAUGUUGUUUGUUGUGCUGUUAAGAUGGUGGUUUUGACCAGGCGUACUGCACACAUGGGGCGGGUCUUGCAUGAAGCACUUAACAGCAAAAGCCUAUUAGUUUUCGGCGAUGGUUGGUAUAUAGGGUUGUCCCUAUUUGGGUUUCAAACAUGAUGAUUAUGCCAAAUCGUGGUGCUGCUUUGCGCCAGGUACCGCAGGAAGUAGAGGCGGAGGUGCCUUGUUUAUGUUUAAGCGUCCAUGUUGUGCUCAGAUAUUCCACGAAACAGAAACCGGCCGAGGUUUCGAGCCCAAUGUACGAUUCACGAGUACUGAAUUUAUAUUGAGUAUUCCAAUAAGAAGAUUGAGUAAAAACUGGGACGAAACGAGCAAAUCCAAAUUCUGAACCUGAACUUUACCUCAGAAAGCAG